CCACCCAUGAUGAAAUCAGAGUCCACUGUGCACGGCAGCACCCUCAAUCCCUCACGUGCGGCCGCACGUGUGAGGAAUUUGUAGUAGAUUUUGGACCAACUCAUAGAGGCGUUUAAACUUGCAACCGAUUUUCGGGAUACCAAACCCCACCCCCGACGGAUUGCGGCCGUCGGCGUUCACCUAUGGCCCCGUCUAAGAAAACCAAAUCGAAGUCCCACUCGGCUGAGUCAACUCGGUCCCCGACCAAGUACCCAGCUUGCAUCCGCUCCGUAUCGCCUUCAUCCGUUGCCAUCUCGAUCCACGCCAAGCCUGGCUCCAGGCUCGCCACCAUCACCGAUAUGAACGAUGAGGCAGUGGGAGUGCAGAUUGAUGCUCCAGCCAAAGACGGUGAAGCUAAUGCCGCCCUUCUCGAAUACAUUAGCUCCGUUCUUGGGGUAAAAAAAAGGCAAGUUUCAAUACGUUCUGGCUCAAAGUCGAGGGACAAGAUUGUGAUAAUAGAAGAGGUAGCAUUAGAGAGUGUAUUUGACUCUCUGACUAAAGCACUGCAAGGCCAGUAGUAAGAUUAAUUGGAGCUGUGAGUUAUGUAAGUGUAAGCCAUAGCAGAAUGAUCCUUUUUGUGUUUCUAUAAAACAAUCUCUGAAAUUAUGCUCAAAGUCAAUAGUCAUCUUUUCUUAAGCAUAAAUACUGUUAUUCUUUAUUUAGAUAUAUUACAAUUAUUUAUCUAACUUGUGCUAAGUGAUCCUAAUUCUUCCUUUGA